AUGGUGUUCCUCGGCAUCUACCGCGCGCUCUACGACUACGUGCCUCAGAGCGACAAUGAGAUUGCGCUGACCGAGGGCGACCUGCUAAUGGUCCUGGACAAGUCGUCCGACGACGACUGGUGGAAGGCCAAGAAGAAGAGCCACGACGAGGACGCCGAAGAGCCCGAGGGCCUGAUCCCGAACAACUACAUCGAGGAGGCAGCCCCCGUGGCCCAGGCCAAGGCUCUCUACGACUAUGCUCGCCAGACCGACGAAGAGCUGUCCUUCCAGGAAGACGCCAUCCUCGACGUGUACGACGUCUCGGACCCCGACUGGUCGCUCGUCGGCUUCGGCGGCGACUACGGCUUCGCGCCUGCAAACUACACCGAGGUCAUCAAGGGCGGGACCGUGCCAAAAGUCGCAGUCACGUCUCCAGGCCUGCCCCCACGCCGUCCUGUAGCUCCUGAUUCAGACGACGGGCAGGACCCGCCCACGCCAGACAGCCCGCCGCAGUCGCGCCCGAGUCCCGCUGCUGUCAUAGCUGACCUCAUUCAUAAGAAGUCCGAGCAGCAGGCCGUCCCGCGCGAGACAAUCUCUCCACCAAACGACAAACCCGCUCGGAAACGUGUCCAGUUCACUCCCGAGGAAUCCGAUGAAGAGCCGCUGCCGCCUCGUAUGCCCAACCGGGCCCACUCGCCGCAACGUGCUCCUCCACGCUCUCCGUCACCUGUUCGUCGCAGGCCAGACCGGACCAAAACCUUCGACGAGUACGAUCCUUCGCCACGCGAGCGCGACAACUCGCCCAACACGCCCCUUUCAGGCUCCGGCUACCACUUGUACAACAUCUAUGAGUAUCUCACUCAGCCUGGAAAGAACAAGAAGAUGCCUGUCACGCUGGGUAUCAACAUCCCCCGGGGCAUGAUCAUGAUCGCACCUGAAAAGGCGCGUGAUGGUGCACAGGAGGAAUGGUCAGCGGAUAAAAUGGAGUACUACUCGCAGGAGGGCAAGCAUAUUUUCAUGGAGCUGAAGCAGCCGAGCAAGAGUGUCGACUUCCACUGCGGAGCCAAGGACACUGCAACAGAGAUCAUGUCAGCUCUUGGAGAGCUGGCAGGUGCAGCCAAGGGCGCUGGCCUGCGCGAGGUGAUUGCUGCUGCCUCUGGGCAUUCGAAUGUGCAGAAGAAGGGUGUCAUGCUCUUCGACUUCAUGGCUCAGGGCGACGACGAGGUCACUGUCGGUCUUGGUGACGAGAUCCUGGUUGUCGACGAUUCCGCCAGUGACGAGUGGUGGAAGGUCCGGCGGCUGAAGAAUGGCAAGGAGGGUGUUGUCCCUGCUAACUAUGUCGAAAUAACAGAGACCUCUUCUAUUCCGACCUCCUUAAAUAACGCUCGAUCUAGUCCGAACCCUGGCCGAUCAGUCGUAGAGCAGAACAGGCGGGAGGAAGAGGAGAAGGCUCGUCAGGCCUCGAAGCGAGACAGGCCGAAGAGUGAUGUGCGAAGUGAUCAGAGAUCAAGCACGCGUGAUAGCUCCGCCAGAGACUCGAAAUCGAAGUCCUCGUCGUCGAAAUCCUCAUCCAAACCAAAUUCUUCAAAGCUACGAACGUGGACCGAUCGAUCCGGCUCAUUCAAGGUUGAAGCUGAAUUCCUGCUACUCAAAGAAGGCAAAAUCCAUUUGCACAAAGUCAAUGGCGUCAAGAUUGCUGUGCCAGUUACCAAGAUGUCCGUGGAGGAUUUGGAGUACAUUGAGAACGUCACAGGCAUCUCACUGGACGACGACAAGCCACUUUCGGAGAUCAAAAGGAGAAGCACCGUUCGUACGAACGACAGAGCUGCUGCUUCAUCGCCCGGAAUAUCGGUCCAGAAGAAGUCAGGCUAUGACUGGUUUGACUUCUUCCUUAAGUGUGGUGUCAACCCUCAGAUAUGUGAGCGUUAUGCUCAGGCUUUCGAUAAGGAUCAGAUGGGCGAGGAGAAUCUGCCUGAUAUUACCCCCGCGCUUCUCCGCACUCUGGGACUGAAAGAAGGCGAUAUUCUUCGCGUCACGAAACACCUAGACAGCCAGUUCAACCGCAACGCUGGUGAGGCCGGUGCAGACGGUGGUGCUGGAGGCUUGUUCUCUGGUCCUGGCGGCACACUGCGCAACAACACUCGAAAGGGACGCCCAGCCCCGCCUGUGGAGACGAACAAUGAUAUCGACCCGAAGGCGUUCGAGCAGAAGUCCGACGACGCAGUCAAGAAGCCCGCUGAUGCGACAAGGACGCCGUUGGCGUCUGCGCCUGUUCCUGACAAGAAGUCAGAGGGAGCUGAUGGGUUUGACGAUAACGCGUGGGAUGUGAAGCCUGCGAGGUCGACUCCAGCAGCACCAGCAGCGUCACCGCCCCCUGCCCAGACAGCACUCCCUGCACCAAAACCUCCUGCUCUUACAGGCUCGAUGAAUGACCUUUCUCUUCUAGACAUGCCCGCGCUCAAGCCUGAAGAGAUGCCAAAGGCGCCAGAACCAACUCCCGCUCCUGCCCCUGCGCCAGCGCCAGCGCCAGCGCCGGCUCCUGCUCAACAACCACAACCUACAGGGGCCACUAUGUCUCUGUUCGAGCAGGUCGCUGCUAUCAAGGCCCUGACCCAGCCACAGAAUGUGGGACCACCAAGACUGAGGCCGCAAGCACCUCAGCAGUCAGGGCCUGGUGGUCUCAUUGCACCUCCACCCCAGCGAGCAUCCUCAGCACCGCAGAACCCGCAGCAGAACAGCGCCUUUGGCCCUCCGCCAACCCUCAUGCCCCAGCUUACAGGCUUCCAGGGCAACCCCAACAUGCCCCAAAUGGGCCCUCCCGGGCAAGGUAUGAUGAACAUGCAACCGCAAAUGACUGGCUUCCCGCAGCAGAACCCUGGCUACAAUGGCUUCCAGCAGAAUGGAAUCAUGCCACAACCGACCGGAUUUCAACAGCCGCAGAACGGCUAUGCCCAGUUCCAGCAGCCACAGCCUACUGGCUUCCAGCAGCCAAUGCAGACUGGAUUUGGUCAGCAAGGCUUCCAGCAAGGCUUCGGCAAUGGCAGCCCAUUCGCAGACCCACCCCGGGCACCUUUCCAGCCUCAGCCAACAGGCUACAACAACUUCCAGCCGUCCCCACUUAAUCCUCAGGCUACAGGCAUCAACCAGUUCCUCCCACCUGCUCUUCAGCCUCAGCCCACCGGCUUUGGACAAAGCCCACCUCCUAUGCCGCCAAUGCCGCCAAUGCCGCCUAUGCCCAUGGCACAGCCGUUGAUUCCGCAGAAGACUGGUCCCGCUCCUCCUGUCCGUUUCGGAACACAGCAGGCAAAGAAGCUGACGCCGCAGCCAACAGGCAAGGCCAGUCUUGCCAAUGCUACUCCCCAAAACCCAUUCGGCUUCUAG